AUUUAUUUUUUCCCAAGAGAGCCUAACCUCAAGUUUUCCGGACGGAAAAACGUGGAGAAAGGAAAAAGAAAAGAACAGGAAAAAUCAAUGCAAGGAAAGAAUCAAAGGGCGAUGAGAGAAGCGGGUCCGUCCAAAAAGCGCUCGCUUCAACCUCCUGAAUAAAAAAAACAAAAGAAAAGCCUCUCUUUGGUUCGCUCUCUGCCCCGGAUUCCAAUACCCGUUCUUCUGAAUCUUCGAGAUCAUCCCUUUCCGAGCAUUUUCUUCAUUAUCUCGGGAAAAUUUUCAAAUGGGUGUCUCUGAAUUUCACUCAAUUCAAAUGGGUUUGCCUCAAAAUCUAACAUGAGUUGGUGGAGUCGGUAAUAGAUUGAGCUGCUGAGAUUAUUGCCUCCAGAAUAUGGCAGUAAAAUAUGGUUCUUCUCCAUUUUCUUGUGUCUCGACUUCUCUUUCUUCACCUUUUCACUCCAGGAGGAUUUUCCAGCUGAGCUCAUCACGGAGAUCAAUACAGAUAUCAAGAUGAUGUGCAGCUGAUGAGAAAUACUGAAGUCAUUGAGCCAUAUCACAUCAUACAUGGAAUGUUCAAUGUAAAAAGAAGGUUUCUGAAGAGGCAUGCUAUUCUAUUUGCUACUUCUGAAGACCAAUCUCCUUUAGAUGAACUCAAACCAGAUACUUCAGAGCAAGAAGAGUACCAUCCUAAUGCUGAAGCCAUCCCUUCUGCGAGCAUUACAUAUUUCCAUUCAGAGGGUACUGGUGGAAAACCGGGUUUGAUCUCAUUUUACAAUCGUCCAUACAAAAGAGCGAAUGAAGAUCUUAUAUCUGGUCCACCAAGGAAUCAGAACAACCUGCUAUGGUUCAUUGGUCCUUCUAUCCUGGUAGCCUCUUUCAUUUUCCCUUCGCUUUAUCUGCGCAGAAUACUUUCAACUGUAUUUGAGGAUUCUCUUUUAACAGAUUUUCUCAUAUUGUUCUUUACGGAAGCCCUUUUCUACUGUGGUGUUGCGGUUUUUCUUCUGCUAAUAGACAGUUUGCGGAGGCCUCUUGAGCCAGUUUCUGAUACAAAUAGCCACAGAAUCCCAGCUCCUCAGUUGGGGCACCGAAUCGCUUCUGGUGCUGCCUUGGUGCUUAGUCUUAUAAUUCCUAUGGUGACCAUGGGUUUGGUCUGGCCGUGGACUGGCCCUGCAGCUUCUGCUACUCUUGCUCCAUACCUGGUUGGUAUUGUUGUCCAGUUUGCUUUUGAGCAGUACGCAAGAUAUAUAAAGUCACCAUCAUGGCCAGUAAUUCCGAUUGUCUUUCAAGUUUAUAGAUUACACCAACUUAAUAGAGCAGCACAAUUGGUGACAGCCCUGUCAUUCACGGUGAGGGGAGCUGAGAUGACCACACACAACUUGGCAAUAAACAGUUCACUGGGCACACUUUUGAAUGUCCUUCAAUUCCUUGGGGUCAUCUGCAUUUGGUCUCUCUCCAGCUUCCUCAUGAGGUUUUUCCCUUCUGCUACAAUGACUCAGCAAUGAUCUUGAAUUUUCUGAAAAAGUUGGUAAAUUAACAUCUCGCUCUGAAUAAGACUGCAUUUUACUUGGUCUCAUUUGAGGUAAUCUAAUAAAACCUGAUGGAUCCAGCCUUUGUUGGUUUUUCUGCUCUGGUGGAAUUCUGAAACUACAUGUGUAUUGAAGCAUUCUUCUCUGAAGCAUAUCAAAAGGUCAUUGCAGGACAUGGAGAAGGAAUAUUCUAACUGCAGUAGGGACUCUAAUGAAAACCACUUUGCUGCUUGGCUGGGACUGAUUUUCCAAUAUCAUGGCUGGAAUGCUGGAUAUCAUUCAGCUUAUUAAAAGCAUCAUCUCUUGUUAAUGCUUUAGAUUGUUCCUUUAACGAUCAAUGAUCUUCUUGAAGUGGCUUAGCAAGGUUAAAGCACAGAGAAAACCACUGAAAUUUAGCAUCUAUAUGCUCCUUUGGUUGCUCAUUUUCUUCUGUUAUUAAUUUUUUCUAUCCCUUCUGGAUACCACAAUAAGUCUCCGAUCAAUAACAGGUUUACAUUAGAAUCAUUCUUCUCCCUAUCUGUGCCCUCCCUUAGAUUAUGCUGCUGUUAUUACUUUAGCAUUAUGGGUAUUAAAAUGGUCGGGGUUCAUUU